GUCUUAAUAAUAAUAAGUACAAAGCUGGUAUUUUCAGAAAACCACUUAAAUUUAGAAUGAGUAGUUUUGUGUAGUAGUCAGUCAGUAGUUUCAAUUGACAAAUCAAGGAUCUCUCAAAAUUUGGGUAUAUAGUGGAAUUAAUAUUAACUUGCUUUACAAACCUGUCUUAAACUAUUUAAUUUUCCAUUUUAAUAAUACAACUUAAAAUGCCAGGGAAGCUAAGUCUUUCCAAGAAAGCAAAAUCCUGGUUACCCCCACAAAUUGCUCCUGCCCCACCCGUGACCACAACUCCAGUACUUGUUAGUAUUACGACAAUAGAUUUGAGCACGCUAGUUUCUCCAACUUCCGUUUUAAAACCCAGUGAAAACUGUGAUUUAACUAAAAAUGUGUCAACAAACGAUAAACAAAACCAGGAUGCAGAUCCACUAUCAGAACCCAUUUCUAAAUGCAUUGCAUUUUGGACGUUGUAUGGAGGAAUUUUCAUGUCACUUUCUGCCUCCAUAUUUUUCUCCGUUGCUUUCUUACUAAUCAAAAUCCUUGAGCCACAUGGAGUCAAAUCGUUUGGUGCUUCUCUGCUCUUCAAUCUCGGCGUCUUGCUGCCGUGCACGGUACUCAUAAUUUUGAACGAGUUUGGUCCAGGAUGGAAAAAUAGGGGAAGGGUACUCAAGGGGAUUUGGCCACUCGGCGAAGAAACCGUUCUUGCUUACAUGCUGGUUCAAGGUCUACUUCAAGCUAGUUCGGUAGUGCUGCGUUCUUUAUCCUUGCGACAUUUAUCUGUCGGAGACAUGACCGUGAUUGUCUUCUCCAGCCCGGUAGUAACCACAAUAUUAGCCCAUUUCCUUGUGGGCGAAGAGAUUGGGAUAAUUUUCAUACUGAUCGCAAUCUUCACGCUUUGUGGAGUCGGAUGUGUCACUAAACCACCUAUCUUCACUGGGGCUAAAGAAUUUGAUACGGGUUCACUGAUAGGAAGUGCAUACGCAGCUGGAGCCAUGCUCACGUUAUCGAUGAAGUUUGUUGUGACAAGAAAAAUAAAGGAUACGCAUUUUCUCGCGAUGACUUUCUUUCUCGGAUUUACUGGGACGGUUGUGUCGCUCCCAUUAUUUCUUGCGUUCGAGGAUGCAAGUUCUAUCAUUCCGACUUCAGAGAAGUCACUUUUCUUAGAAUUGGGACUUCUUUCAGGGUUUGGAGCUGUAGCAAGUAUUAAUCUUGCGCUGAAAUUAGAAGACGCUGGUGUGGUGGCUUUGGUGAGAAGUUGUGAUGUCAUAGCCGCAUUUAUGCUGCAAUUCAUUUUCCUUGGCGUUGUUCCGGAUUUGCUCAGUGCAAUCGGGGCUUUAAUGGUCUGGACCGGAGUUCUUGUUGCUGGAAUUAGAAAAUAUUUGAAAGACAAACAAGCACGAAAAGCAGAGACUGAAACUAUAGAUCGGAACAAGUAAAAAAAUAUUAUGUAUGAAUUAAUCAUACUAUUUUAAUUCUGUGUGCAACUGUAUUUUUACUGUAUGGCAAUUUUUUCAAUAAAGCGUCUUGAAGCAUUUGGGGAGCCCAAUCUUUUAAUUA